CCAGGGAAUGCCCUAACGGGAUGUGUGUGACACUGCCUCUGCGGGAAGACAGCCUGAUCCGUGUGCCACUCCCUGCAUGAGAUCGCUUCAGCUACUCUCUGGCACAGAUUUGUCCUGAUGCUCGAUGGUGUAUCUGAGGACAACAUCUCAACUUUGAAUGCUGCACGACUCUCCCUCGUCUUCCACAAAGGAAAAGACUUUGACACAUGCCACCAAGCAGUGAUGCUCUUCAUCAGCACCUCCAUCGAGAAGCUCAUCAGAGUGGACAUGUAUGAGGCAAUACACUUGUCAAAGACCAUGCAACAGUAUCACGUCUCUAUGGGAUGGCGGCAGGAUUCGCCAGACUCUUCAGGGUCACGCCAGGGGGUCCAACACACACAUGCAGCUUUGCGGGGUGUUUCCAGACAUCUGAGACCUCUGCGUGUCAGAAGAGCUCGCUCCAAAAAUAAUAGAGAUAUAGUCAUGAAUGUGAGUGAGCGCAUCAGUGUGAUCUACAACAGAAGACAGAGAUCAGGUGUUUUCGGUGUUGGAUCAGAAAAAGUGUCAGUGUCCGUGAUGGAGGGAGAAUCAGUCACUUUUUACACUGGUGUUCAAACAAUCCAACAAGAAGAGAUUAAAUGGUACUUUUAUGGCAUCCGCAUCGCUCGAAUCAAUGGAGAUCAGAGUAAGAUCUGUACAGAUGUUCAGUGUAAUGGAGGCACUGAGAGAUUCAGAGACAGACUGAAGCUGGAUAAUCAGACUGGAUCUCUGACUAUCACACACACCACAAACACAGAUUCUGGAGAAUAUGAAGUGAAGAUCAUCAGCAGCAGCGACAUCAUUGGAAAUAUCUUCAAUAUUAGUGUUAACGGUGUUUCUGCUGUUGAAAUAGAUGAAGUGAAGAGAGAGUCAGCGAAGGAGGGAGAAUAUGUUACUUUUGAUCCUGGUGUAAUAAAAAACCCACAUGAUGUGAUGACGUGGUAUUAUAAUAACACUCUCAUCGCUGAAAUCACUGGAGAUCAGAGACAGAUCUGUACAGAUGAUCAGUGUAAAGAGAGAUUCAGAGACAGACUGAAGCUGGAUCAUCAGACUGGAUCUCUGACCAUCACACACAUCACAAACACACACUCUGGAGAAUAUCAACUAGUGAUCAGCAUAAUCAAUAGCAGCUUCAGCAUCAGCAGAGUGAAGAGAUUCGAUCUUACUGUCAUUGAUGUUCCAGGGUCAGGUCUGUCUCCAGGAGCUGUAGCAGGAAUAUGUGUUGCUGUUGUUCUGCUGGUUUCUGUAGUUGUGGGUGCUGCUGUUGCUGUGAUUUACUAUCGUCACCACGAGAACAAUGCACCACCAGUACAACAGGAUGAGGGUGAUGCUGAUAACCCACCAUCUGAUCCCAAUGACAUUCCUGUGGAGAACAAGGAACAUCCAGGUGAUGCUGAGAACCUACGACCUGAUCCGGAAAUCUUUCCUUUUGAGGACAUGGCACAUCCAGGUGAUGCUGAUAAACCACCAGCUGAUCCCAAUGAAAAUCAUUUGUAGAACAUGGAACAUCCAGACUCAGGCUGAGGCUCCCAAUAAAACAACGCAACAUUAUUAAUAAUUUUGUUGCAUUGAAUUGAGC